AAGUCUAGUUGACUUCAUCUUCCUCGUAUCAAUAGACUCGUUGAGUCUUCUCUGCAAGCCUCUACUUUUCUAUCAGUACACAAACACUCCUCACGCGGAAAGUGUGUUCAGUCCUGGAUUAAACAAUGCAACUAGAGACUUUCACCGAGAUAAUGGAUCAAAAUGGACUUGAUAACAAAGGAUUCGAAAAAGGAUACGAGAAUGGAAUGGAAAAGACACCUUCAAUAUUGACACUACAAAACAAUGAUAACAACUUUGAUACGUCUUCCAGAUUAAAAUUGACGAAGGAUUCAUUUCCAGAAAAAAAUGGAAAAAAGUAUCCAUCGAAGGAGGAAUCCUAUGAUCCCUUCAGCAACCGAGACAAAUCCCAUGCCACCUCGAGUAUGGGUGCAUUCGUUCACAUGGUCAAAAGUAGUCUUGGAACAGGAAUAUUGGCUAUGCCUGGAGCUUUCAAAAACGGAGGUCUAAUAUUUGGAGUGAUUGGUACUUUACUCACUGGUCUGAUAUGCACACAUUGUGUUCAUAUGAUGGUAUACUGUUCUCAAAUUCUAUCAAUACGCGUGAAAAGACCAACACUGUCUUUUGCAGAAACAGCAGAAGUAUCUUUCCAAACUGGACCACCUAAGUAUAGGUUCCUAGCUUCAUUCGCAAGGGAAAUGAUAAAUGUGACUUUGUUCUGUACUUAUUUCUUUGGGAACACAGUGUACAUUAUCUUCAUUGCAAGAACCUUUGAACAGGUAAUAGAAGGACACGCUCAUUUCGGAUGGGAUGUACGAGUGUACAUUGUCUUACUGGCUUUCGUUCUGGUACCACUUGGCAUCAUAAGAACCCUGAAAUACCUUGUGCCCUUCUCAGCCAUAGCUACAGCUUUCAUCUCUUUUGGACUGGCUCUUACACUGUACUACACAUUCAGCGAGAUGCCAUCAGAUGUGUCAAAUCGUGAUUUCAUUGGAACCCCCUUGAAAAUACCCCUGUUCUUCUCAACUGUUUUGUUCGCCAUGGAAGGAAUCGGCACUGUUCUGCCUAUUGAAAACUCUAUGAACAAGCCCCAACAAUUUCUAGGAUGUCCUGGUGUUUUGAAUGGAGCUAUGUCAAUUGUUGUGAUCCUGUACGUUGUUGUUGGAUUUUUUGGCUAUCUGAGGUUUGGCAAUGCCACUCAAGCAACAGUUACCCUCAAUCUCCCAGACAGCGCACUUGCGGAAAGUGUGAAGAUCCUUGUGGCUCUCAGUGUACUCCUUACUUAUGGUCUACAAUUCACAGUGCCAAGUGAGAUUGUUUGGAAACGUUUAGGACCAAGAGUUAGUGAAGAUAAGCAGGAUAUGGGAUAUUACAUCAUGCGAGGAUCCAUGAUCAUUGGAACAGUUAUUGUUGCAAUAAUGCUGCCAAGCCUCGCUCCAAUCAUCUCUCUAGUCGGGGCAAUAUGCUUCUCAAUACUGGGAUUGUUCUGCCCGGCAGUCAUCGAAAUAAUAACAUUCUGGGAGGAAGGAUACGGCAAAUACCAAUGGAAGUUCUACAAAAAUGUGUUUCUAAUUUUCCUGUCAAUAUUCAGUUUGGUAUCUGGAUCAUACGCCAGUAUACUGGAAAUACUUGACGCAAUCAAACACGGUGAAUUGUGAUGUUUUCAUGAUAGUUUAGAACUGAACCUUAUUCCUCAAAUAAUAAUGAGCGAAUCAGAAGACACCAGAAUAUUUCCAAUAUUCUUUCAUGAAAAAUGUGAUUCACUAUGGACUCUAGGAGUAGCUUAUAAUACGUUCAGUUGCAAUAGUUUUUAGUGCUAUAUUAUCACUAUUAACUCUGAGCAAGAUGUAUGUGUUUAGUAACCGUUCAAUCUAUGAAUAACGUUAAUAUAGGAGAUUAAUGAACUGAUAAAUAAUUGAUCCAACAGGAUUAAACAUUAUCAAAAUAAAAGUUGAAAUGAAACACACUUUCAAAAUUUGCUUUUAAAGUACCUUACAGCUAUUGUUCUGUGUACAAAAAUGUAAAAAUACCACUCAUAAAGAACGAUGAAACAAUUACGUAAGAUGAGAUUUAUCCAUAUUAAAGUUUACAAAUAGUAUGAAUUAGUAACAGAUAAUAAUAAAAUAUUAAUAGCAACAAUACAAAAGAUCAAAAUAUCACUGAAAAGAAAAGUGAAACAAUUCAGAAAAAUUGUAUCAAUUAUUUUUCACAAAUCCAAGAAGUAGAAAGGAAAAACAUUCAAGUUAUUGAAAGAUAAAACUUUCCAUACAGGGUGAAUGCUAAUACAUAGUAUGGUCCUCUGUUGCUAUUUAUCUUUCCUCAAAUAAUACAAUAAUUUAGUUCUGUGAAGCUAUAAAGAUACUCAUGAAACUUUUUAUUCAGUAUAAAAUUAAUUUGUGAUGGAAUUGAUCCUUUUUAAAAUGUACCUGACAUUUCAAAUUGACUAAUAUCAAAUUUUAUUUAUGAAAUGUUUCAUUGUUCAAUUUUCAAUCACCCAUUGAAUUGGAUUUGCUUCAUUAAAAUAAGUAAAUUAUUGAUAAAUAGUUCAUUAUAUUUGUGGGUGGAUCUCCUCAAUGUGAUUCAUUGUACAUUUAACAAAAUAAUAAUAUAUUAUUUCAUCCCCAUGAAUUUGUAAUACUGUAGCAUAGAAACUUACCAAGUAUAACAAAGAUUUUAUCAUCUAAAUUCUUCUUAUGAGAAAAUGUUUUUUUUUCAAAGAAACGAAUAUUUGUAGACUUAAUUUUUCCUUUAAAAAUAGACUAAGAUAUAUUAAUUAUUGUGCUCUUGUGCGAAACUGCGAUACCGUAUCAUACUUUACCACUCUUUAUGUAAAAAUGAUAGACUUAAGACGUAAUAUUAUGACUUGAGAUUUAGUACAAGAAAGACAUGUUUUUUGACAUUUUUUCGGUUUGGAAGCAGCUAUUCAUAUGUUUGUGAUUAUGUAACGGAAACACCGGAUUUAAAUUCUCGUUUUGAUGGAUUUGUAUGUGAUUUGUAAUAUAAUGAUUCAAUAAUGACGCGUUCUGAGUGAACUCUAUGCUGCAGGAUGAGCAACUGAUUCCGCGUCCGAGUGAAAGAUCAUGUGUCUGCGUUCGUCACUGUAGGACUAGACGCAUAAUUUGCGGCAAAAGCAUUUUCCGAAUGUUGGGUGUGUGAUUCACUUCCAUGGCAAAGCUUCUUGCACGUCUUCUUGUGACUUUGCAGUUCUACCAAUCUUCUGAAUGAAUUCUCACUCUUUUUACAAAUUAGAUUAUCUUUGUUAUGACUUUUCAGGUGUAGAGCUAUAGGCUACUGCCGACUGUAAAAACUGUGAGAAUUCAUUUAGAGUUCUGGUAAAUCUUCAAAGUCACAAGAAGACGUGCUGCAAGACUCACUAUUAAAAUCAAUUUAUUAUACAGCCAACGCUCGGGAAACUAUUUUUCCUAUAUCACCAAGCACAUUAUCAUCACAUAAAAAACCUUGCAUACAAAUGAGUGUUGAGUGAUGAAGCCUGAUUCCCUUAAACAAUUCAAUGUCAAUGCCAAUCCAGUGAUGACAUUACAAAAUCACGAAUGUACAAGUAAAUCAUAAGACGACUAUCAUAUUGAUUCUACAUUUCAUUGCUAUCUGCAUGUGAUUGCAAAGUGUCAUUCCACUGUCAAUCUGCUGAACAGAAGAAAAGUCUUUAUUAAGCAUAAUAGGCCUAUUACAUAGUUGGAGAGUUCAACUUGAAUAGGUCUAUCUAUUUAGUUGAAUUAUUUUGUAAAAUAUUAUAUUUUAACUAAUAAUAAUUUAACUAUAUCAUAUAGGUACUAGUGAAUAUUUUGUAUACGGUACUGAUUAAUAGAGCUCUUAUUGUUUUAGAAAUAAUAAUAGAGAAAAAUUUGAAUGCUGUACUUCUUACUGUGAUCAUAAUUUUGAUAGAUACUAGAAUAGGAUUUGAGUAUAUAAUGAAAGACUCAUGUAAAUACAAUAUUUGUUAUGUCGUCUAAGCUAACAUUAAAUUCUAUGUUGAAUCAA